AUGUCUUUUAAGAGUGCUGCUUCUAAUCCUAUGGCACAAGCUUCGUAUUCAGCUAUAUUGUUAGUGCAUUUGAAAUUUAACUUAAAUGCUAUGGAAUAUGAGAUGCAUCAAAUAAAAUUUGUAUAUAUACAUCAUAAUUAUAUGAAACUUGCAUUAUGUGAAUCCACCCGUCCCUGUAUUGCUUUUUCAUACAGGGAGAGUAACAGAGCGGCAGAUUGGCUUGCUAAUUUUUCCUGUGAAACUGUCUCUAACAAUGUUUAUCUCAAUGGUGAAGAGCACCCGAGUGCUUUGAGGCGUAUUCUUUGGGAAGAUAAGGCAGGGGUGCAAAUUGUUGACAUUUGUUUGGCUACAAGGUCUCUCAAUGGAGGGCUGAUCGACUUGCAGGAGCUCCGCAAUUUGCUUUGCCAAAAGCGAAAAGCUGCUCGUGAAUCUGUGACAGAAGAUGACUGCUUGCGUGCUAUAAGCAAACUGAAGGUAUUGGGUAGUGGUUUUGAGGUGAUUUCUGUUGGAAAGAAAAAGCUUGUGCGGUCUGUUCCCACUGAAUUGAACAAGGACCACAAUGAAAUUUUAGACCUGGCCCAGGGUCAAGGCUAUGUGACAGUGGAAGAGGUAGAGAAGCGGCUCUCUUGGUCAUCUGGUCGCGCUAUCGAUGCCCUCGAGACCCUACUGGAAGAAGGGCUUGCAAUGAUUGAUGAUGGUCACGUAGAUGGUAAAAGGCGUUACUGGUUCCCUUGUGUGUCAUUUGUUACUACUUCAUAGUAGCUAUCCUUCUAGAAGUCUGAUUUUCAUAUUAGAUUUACCUCUUGUGAUGUAUUGAUGUCUUUUUACAUGUAACAUAGUGAUAAAAGUGUUCAUUUUUACUGUUUGAUUG